AGGAAAAUAAACAAAAAAUGUCCUCUUCCUCCCCCACCGGGCAGAUUGCAAGUGCGGCGGACAUCAAGCAGGAGAAUGGGAUGGAAAGCGCCUCGGAAGGGCAGGAGGCGCCCCGAGAAGUGGCGGGGGGCGCGGCGGCGGGGCUGAGCCCGUCGGCUCCUGCCCCUUUUCCCCGGGAGCCCGGGGACGCCGCGGCCGCAGCCGCCAGGGUGAGCGGAGAGGAAGGGGCAGUGGCGGCGGCGGCGGUCGGAGCGGCGGCGGAUCAGGUACAACUCCACUCGGAACUUCUGAGCAGGCACCACCACGCCGCGGCCGCCGCCGCCGCCGCCGCCGCCGCGCAGACCCCACUGGCCUUCUCGCCGGACCAUGUCGCCUGCGUGUGCGAGGCGCUGCAGCAGGGGGGCAACCUGGACCGCCUGGCCCGGUUCCUGUGGUCCCUGCCCCAGAGCGACCUGCUACGUGGCAACGAGAGCCUGCUGAAGGCGCGAGCGCUGGUGGCCUUCCACCAGGGCAUCUACCCCGAGCUCUACAGCAUCCUCGAGAGUCACAGCUUCGAGUCGGCCAACCACCCGCUGCUGCAGCAGCUCUGGUACAAGGCGCGCUAUACCGAGGCCGAGCGAGCCCGCGGGCGGCCGCUGGGCGCCGUGGACAAGUACCGGCUGCGCAGGAAAUUCCCCCUGCCCCGCACCAUCUGGGACGGCGAAGAGACGGUGUAUUGUUUCAAGGAGAAGUCGCGCAACGCGCUCAAGGAGCUCUACAAGCAGAAUCGCUACCCUUCGCCCGCCGAGAAGCGGCACCUGGCCAAGAUCACCGGCCUCUCCCUGACCCAGGUCAGCAACUGGUUCAAGAACCGCCGGCAGCGCGAUCGGAACCCCUCUGAGACCCAGUCCAAAAGUGAGUCAGAUGGUAAUCCCAGCACUGAAGAUGAAUCAAGCAAGGGACAUGAGGAUUUGUCUCCACAUCCACUCUCUGGUUCAUCUGAUGGUGUCACCAACCUCAGCCUUUCCGGUCACGUGGAGCCAGUAUACAUGCAACAAAUUGGAAACGCUAAGAUAUCGUUAAGCUCUUCUGGAGUUUUGUUGAAUGGAAACUUGGUACCUGCAAGUACUUCACCUGUCUUCCUUAAUGGUAAUUCUUUUAUUCAGGGACCCAAUGGAGUUAUCCUUAAUGGAUUAAAUGUGGGAAAUACACAGACAGUGUCAUUGAACCCACCAAAAAUGGCAUCAAACAUUGUAAGCAAUGGUAUAUCCAUGACCGAUAUACUGGGGUCUACCUCCCAGGAUGUGAAGGAAUUCAAAGUCCUCCAGAGUUCUUCAACUAACUCGGCAGCCACCACCUCCUACAGCCCCAGUGCCCCUGUGUCAUUCCCAGGGCUGAUCCCCAGCACUGAGGUGAAACGAGAAGGCAUUCAAACAGUAGCUUCCCAGGAUGGUGGCUCUAUAGUGACUUUUACUACACCAGUGCAAAUUAACCAGUAUGGCAUUGUCCAGAUCCCCAAUUCCGGAGCAAACGGCCAGUUCCUUAAUGGGAGCAUUGGAUUCUCUCCACUGCAGCUGCCUCCUGCUUCAGUGGCAGCUUCACAAGGUAAUAUUUCAGUAAAUUCAAGCACUUCAGAUGGGAGCGCAUUUACAAGUGAGUCUGCCACAGUCCAGCCAGGAAAGGUUUUCUUGAGCUCUCUUGCUCCCAGUGCAGUGGUUUACACUGUUCCUAAUUCAGGCCAGACUAUAGGGUCUGUUAAACAAGAGGGCUUGGAGAGGAACCUCGUAUUUUCUCAAUUGAUGUCUGUCAAUCAGCAUUCACAAGUAAAUGCAAACCUGUCUUCUGAAAAUAUCUCGGGGAGUGGUCUCCAUCCACUGGCCUCCUCUUUAGUUAAUGUAUCCCCAAGUCACAAUUUUUCCUUGACUCCCCCUAGCCUACUAAAUCCCACUGAGCUAAAUCCUGACAUUGCUGAUAACCAGCCAAUGUCUGCACCUGUGGCAAGCAAAUCUACUGUGACAUCUGUCAGCAACACUAACUAUGCAACUCUUCAGAACUGCUCCCUUAUUACUGGUCAAGAUCUGUUAUCAGUCCCCAUGACCCAAGCUGCCCUUGGGGAGAUAGUUCCAACAGCUGAAGACCAGGUGGGUCAUCCUUCCCCAACUGUCCACCAGGAUUUUGUCAGAGAACAUCGCUUGGUUCUACAAUCAGUAGCUAACAUAAAAGAGAAUUUCUUAACAAAUUCUGAGGGCAAAACAACAAGCAGUUUAAUGAUGCUGGACUCCAAAUCCAAAUAUGUCCUAGAGGGCAUGGUAGAGACUGUCUGUGAAGACCUAGAAACGGACAAAAAAGAGCUUGCCAAGCUCCAAACUGUCCAAUUGGAUGAAGAUAUGCAAGACUUGUGAACUUUAUUUCUGCCCCCUUUUUUUUCUGGCAAUAGGGGGCAAACCUUCUCACAAAGCCCUGAGGACAUAAACAUUUUCUGAUUUGAAGAGAAAUACUAGUUUUGCAAGUAAAUGCAUUCUGGAGACUUUGGAUUGAUCUACAUGAAGAUCACAGUUAAAUAUACAGGAAUAGAACUGCAGUACUGCAGCUUUGUCCACAUAAUGUUCUCUUUUAAAUAGAUAGAAACACAGGAACAAGUUGAAAUGUAUCAAGUCAAAGUAUAUCAUUUGGUUGACAUAAUUUUAAGGUCAAAUGGUACUUGAUAAAUAAUUUUUUAAUUAAAAAUUAUAUACCUAACAAAGUUAAGUAUUGCUACAGAAUAUUAGAAACAAUAUGAUUCUUUUUGUUUACUUUUACUCCAUGGGCAUUGAUAAGGUUAAGAAACACAAGUGGUACUCCACACUAUAUUCUAAGGGUUUAUUUUUGAAUAUAUGCUUUUCUGUUUCUCAGCAUUUUUUGUGAAAGUCUUGGUUUGUCUCUAUACAUUUCCAGAUGUGGUUGUUAAUAGUUCAGUGUGGCUGACAAAGUUUGCAACUCCACUAAAAACUCUGAAACAACAGUAUGAGUGUAAAUAUAUUAGUCCUAUGAGCAAGGAUUUGAGUAAUUACAGUGAAUUUUAUUUAUGCUGUAUGUUUCUCUUAUACUUCAGACACUAUGAACUGAAAAGAAAAAUGUUUUCUUACUGUUUAAUUUAUUUUUAUUGUUUGAACAGGAAGUGAACAUAAUUAUUUCCAACAAAGUUUUACUUUUUGUAGGAUUUUGACUGAUUUUUAUCAGGAGUCUAUUAAGAUCAAUAAUUAAUAACACUGAAAUAGGAAACCUAACUCCCAAUAUUGGAAUUUUGGUACUUUUUUCACAUCCUUGUUCUUUAUUUAGCAACUCUGAUUCAUUUAAAUAUGUUUUCUAUAUAAUUCUAUGUGCCUUUUUACCUUGUGGCCUUUUUAUUGUUCUUACUAAGGUACAGAGGGUCAGCAAAAGCACUGACGGCUCUUUUCUACUCUCUAUCAGGGUUAGUUUUACCAUGAAAUUGCUUUAAAUCUGAAGAGCUUAAGUUUCACUUGUAUUUUUAUGUAUGUUUAUGAUACAAAUGGAUGAGCAACUGAUUAUUGAUGCAUUCAUUACAAUGAAAAUAAUAAUUAUAGACUACCAUGUAAAGUCAGCUCUGUAGUCUCUGAAAGUAACUAUUUUAAAGCAAAGAAUAUGUAAAUUCUUUUCAAGCAAAAUGCUCUCCUAUUAAAACUUAGGUCUCAAGUUUUAAUUAGUUGUUACAUGAUGACAUAGAACUGUUGUUUGCACUAUAUAAUCAUGCCUUUGAAAGUAAAUCUUUUGGGUUUCUGUAAGAAGCUUGUUUGAUAAUAUUGUAAGCUGUGGUUAUAUAUUUUAUCAGGACUCUGAACACAGGUAUAAUAAUGCAAAUACAUUUAUGUAGUGAGUAAAGCCUCUGGUCUCUAGAAAGCAAGAAAAGUAAGAAAAUGAUCUCUUCCAACAUGACUUAGAGUUGAAUAUAAAGAUGUCACCAUGCCUUGCUUUCUUUAGGAUCAGAACAAAGGGUCCACUCUAGAUCUCUACAUGGCCAUCAGCCUGUUCAAUAUGGGCCACAGAGCAUUUCAGUUUUGUUGUUACUACAGAUGGAACUUGAAGGCAUAGCUGAAGAGCCCUAUGAAGAAUUCCUCUCCCAUCAUUUUGAUAAAGAACUUAGAUCCCUUUUUUUUUUUUUUCAAUCAAAUUACUGAAUGUUUCUAAACUGCUGAAACUAGUUUUUGUUUUGUUUUGGUUUGGUUUGGUUUUUUUUUUUCCCACAAAAUCAGGUAUUUGGAAUUCCUUCCCCUCCACCGCUACUCAUACAUAUUUUUCCUCCUUCAGAUGGGCUGAUUAUGUUACUGAAAAUAAUUACAUGGUCAUAUAGUGUAGUUUACAUAAAAAUUAUGUUUUCCUCUUGAUUGCUGCAGAUAUCAAGGUUUGUUAUUUUAAAAUAACCCAUCUAAUAAGGGAAAUGGAAAGGAUUGAAAGUUAUAUAUGUUAUAUAUAUAUAACAAGAACUUUUAUAUGUCUUCCAAAAAUAUAAAAAGCCUCUGUUCUAUUCAGAGUUCUUCUUUUAUCCUUUAAGAAAAAGAUAGCACAAAACUUAAGACUUGCCUAGGAAAUCCAUUCAUACUCAACAUGAUGUAAUUAUACCCUAUAAUUACUCAAGGUAGCUACACAAUAUACCAGGUAAGAAUCAAUGCACAUUAUAAAGAACGUAUUGUUCUUUACUAUUCUUUCAGUAAAUAAUAAGGGCCAGUUGGUAUGUAGCCCAUAUAUAUGUGAAUGAAAUAAGAUAAACCCCAUGAUCUCCUUGCACAGAAUUGCAAAUUUAUUUUACUUUUUUUUUUCUUUUUUUUUUUUUUUUGCAAUACCAAGGGCCAGAUUCAGAACCCUUAGAGUUCAUGUGGUAGAAUUUCUCUCUUACAUAAACCAAUGCUUGAAGAUGCUGCAAAUGACCCUGUAAUGAUCCCCAAAGGGGAAUCGAAACAGGGGUUAAGUAAAACUCCCUACAAACCCCAACCCCUGCUGCUGGCUGUGGAAUUUUUGGUGUGAGCCUAUCUAUGCACUCUAUCAGCCAGGAUUUGGCAUUUAGCUCUUAGUUACAUCUCAUAAAGGACAGUCUGUCAUUUAAAGAAGGUGCAUUUGUUCCUCAAUCAAGCAAGAGCACCUGUGUUGUACUGUUUUAUAUCAUGUAUAUUUAUAGUAAUAAAGAGACUGAAAUGUA